UCUAGCCCAAUUGUUUUCUUCUGAUUCGUAGGAAACGUCUGCUAGAAUGUCGGAAACUGCGCCUGUUGCCACUCCCGCUGUGUCCGCUCCUGGGGCAAAAACCUCCACUAAAAAGCCGAAGAAGGCGGCAGGAGGUUCAAAAGCCCGUAAGGCUUCAGGUCCCAGUGUGACCGAGCUGAUCACCAAGGCGGUGUCUGCUUCCAAGGAGCGCAAAGGGCUCUCCUUAGCUGCUCUUAAGAAGGCUCUGGCCGCCGGAGGGUACGAUGUGGAGAAGAACAACAGCCGCAUCAAGUUAGGACUGAAAAGCCUGGUGAGCAAAGGCAUCUUGGUACAGACAAAAGGUACCGGCGCUUCUGGUUCUUUCAAACUCAACAAGAAGCCGGGUGAGAUCAAGGAAAAGGCUCCCAAGAAGAAGUCAGCGGCAAAGCCUAAGAAACCAGCUGCCAAGAAACCCGCCAGCGCCGCUAAGAAGCCCAAAAAGGCGGCCGUGAAAAAGAGCCCGAAAAAAGCCAAGAAACCAGCGGCUUCCGCGGCCAAGAAAGCGGCCAAGAGUCCGAAAAAGGCCAAACCCGCCAAGCCCAAAAAGGCAGCCAAGAGCCCGGCUAAGGCCAAGGCGGUGAAGCCCAAGGCUGCCAAGCCCAAGCCGACCAAACCCAAAGCAGGAAAGGCUAAGAAGGCAGCGCCCAAGAAGAAGUGAAGCGACUCGAAAAGGUUAAUAGAGUCUUAAGUCGUGCGAACAAACCCAACGGCUCUUUUAAGAGCCACCCACCUUUUCCAAAAGGAGCUGAAACUUUCGUGCAUUCACCGCAACAGCAGUAACAAAUAUUCCCCCUUUGUGACGAAACGUGGAAAUAUUACAAAUUAACUUUUAAAAAGUUACUCGCUUUCUGGGGGAAGCUAACUAUUUUGUGGCUACUGUUUCUAAUAGUUCCCCUAUCACUCCUCUUUGGAAGACUUUCCUCUCUCCCCCGGUACGUUUUAAGUGGUGCUCAGGUCCUUCGUUGUUCUGCCUAAGCCAGAGGGGGAGGGUAGGAGAUCUAGUGAGGGGACAAAGUAAAUGUUUGACGUAGAAACAGGUACCUGACGGGCUGCGGGAAGCAGAACUAAAUUGGUGGAGGGUUUGAAAAGCCCGCGCUGUGCAAGGAUUGGUCCGUCUCCUGCCCAGGGUUUAAAGCCGGGCAUCCUGCGCUGACAAAUUUAAAAUCUGAACACGUAUAUCUUGAUGGGCGGGAGGGUGCAUGUGAGUCUUUCGUAGUUUUGUUUUCACUGUUGACUAAUACACUGCGUGUUUAGCCUUU